CUUGGGAUCAGUUGGGUUUAACCAUUUGUACUAACAGGUUCGUGCUGCUCGUCGCUCCGUUGAGUUUCCGAAAAAAUACAAAAAGACUUUUGAUUUUUUUUUGGAAAUAUUCACGCCGUGUGUAUUUUGCUCGUAUUAGCCAAUACUCUGGGCAGUGUGAUUCACAUCGUACAACUCUCUUUUAUUAUUCACUGGAUUAUAAUUAUUCAUCGGACGUCGCCCGACUUUGAGAAGGAAAUUGCAGGGUCUUCUCUCUGCUGCGAGCCAAGUGGGUCGACGCCGACAGGAGCCAACUGGAGACUCGGACCGAACCGGUUAAGGGACCCAAGGACAUUUCCAUCGGCCAGCUCGUUUGUUUUCUUCGUUUCAUGUGAUUCAAUUUCGUGGAUCGGCUUCCACUUUGGUCAAUCGCGACAAUGGUGCAGUGAAACAACUACCGAAAAAAUCGACGUCACUUGUUACGUUUGACAUUGAAUUGGCCGUUCGCGAGAAAGAAACCAGGAUCGAUCCUUCCUUUUUUUAAAACCCCCAAAAACAUUUCGACACACAAUGGCCCCACCCCAUCAUAUGGAAAGAAGAUGCACCAGGAGCCAGCAGCAGCGCCAGCCAUCGUCAACGAGGUCCUGCCAUAGGCGGUCGAUGAGCUUCUUGCCUCUCUGUUACCUGAUUGUGGCCGUGAGCUGUUGUUGGACGACGCCGGUUGGAGCCGGUUGGCAGGACGACAUCCAUCCCAGGAGAUCCAUCACCUUGGCUCCGGAACAAGUUCAACGCUUCCACGGAAACCACUCUCAUCCGGAUCAUUUCAAGUUACUGGAAACAAAUGGCGAUUCCAUCCUAGUCGGCGCCAGGAAUAUUAUCUACAAUUUGAGCCUCAACGAAAUGACGGAAAAUCGAGCUCAGAGGGUUGAAUGGUAUCCGGCGUCGACUCAUCGGGAAAUGUGUCUCGUCAAAGGCAAAUCAGAGGAUGAUUGUCAAAAUUACAUCCGAGUGCUUGCCCGAAUCAACGACGAAGAGAUGCUCGUGUGCGGAACGAAUGCCUACAAUCCGCUUUGCCGUAGAUACGGCCGCAACGGGAGCGGAGUGGAAGUUCUCAGAGAGUUCUCCGGAAAAGGUCUGAGCCCUUAUGAUCCUAAUCACAACAGUACGGCUGUGUUUUCCGAUGGAGAAUUGUACGCCGGCACUGUCUCCGAUUUCUCCGGCUUGGAUCCGCUUAUUUACAAAGACCCCCUGCGAACGGAGCAGUACGAUUUCAAACAUUUAAACGCUCCCAAUUUUGUCAGUUCGGUGGCUGAUGGAGAUUACGUUUAUUUCUUUAUACGCGAAACAGCCGUCGAGUAUAUCAAUUGCGGCAAGACGGUGUAUUCACGGGUGGCCCGCGUUUGCAAGAACGACAAGGGUGGUCCGCACCGCUGGUCCAAUCGUUGGACUUCGUUCCUGAAAUCCCGACUCAACUGCUCCUUGCCCGGCGAUUUCCCGUUCUACUUUGACGAAAUACAAUCGACCAGCGACGUGGUGGAAGGAACUUAUGGGCACAGGACGGAGCGUUUGAUCUACGGCGUCUUCACCACGCCGGAGAACUCCAUUUACGGGUCGGCCAUCUGCGCCUUUCGCCUCCAAGACGUGAUGGAUUCGUUCGACGGAGCUUUCAAGGAACAAAAUUCAAUGAAUGCUAAUUGGCUGCCCGUGAGUGGCAAUGACGUUCCCGAGCCCAGGCCGGGCCAGUGCGUCAACGACUCGCGCACCCUCCCCGAAGUGACGCUCAACUUCAUCAAGUCUCACUCGCUGAUGGAUGAAUCUGUGCCAGCCUUUUACGGACUACCUCUCGUCACUCACACUUCACUCAAGUAUAAAUUCACUAAACUGGUUGUCGAUCCGCAAGUGCGGACGGCGGAUGGGAAAACCUACGACAUACUCAUCAUCGGAACCGACAAAGGCAAAGUGAUUCGCGCCAUUAAUACCGAGUCGUACGAUUCCGUCAGCAAAGUCCGACCGGUCGUCAUCGAAGAAAUCAAAGUCUUUGAAACGGAGGCGGCCAUCACCAACUUGCGGGUCGUUCCGCAGACGGACACGAUGGGACCUCGUCUCAUUGUCGUUUCCAACGACGAAAUUCAGACGAUUCCUCUUCACCGCUGCUAUUCCGACAGCAUCCUCACUUGCAGUGAAUGCGUGGCUCUGCAAGACCCCUACUGUGCAUGGAACGCCGCCACGUCCCGUUGCGUCACCGUGGCAUCGGUCGCCCUUACCGCCCAAUCCUCGCUCAUUCAAAGCAUUUUUACGGGCUACUCCGAUCAAUGUCCGGAUAAUGCUAUCGUCAAAGCGAAAAACAGAACGCCGGUAUCUCCCCUCACCGAAACAGUUGUUCCCGAGGAGCCGCUGUGCGCCCCGUGUCAAUGUCCCUGCGCCUCGGCGGCGGCGGCGGAGGCGGUGGCGACAGAAAGUUUGAUCCCCAGCACGACUGCCACCCCCGUCGACACCACUACCACUGGUAGCAGUACCGCUAGUACCACCACCUCUUCCACCACCGUUUCUUUUAGUAGCACAACCAGUUGGUCAAGUCCCCGUCGUAUGCAGCAGGGGUUAGACGUGGAAUUAGAAACGAACGUGAUAGUGGAGGAAGGCGAGCGUAAGAGGCCCUACGUUGAACCUGGCCACGACGCCUUUGACGAUAAUAAUGUCAUCAACGCUGCAGGUCCUAAAGUUGGCGCUUCUCAAUCGUCGUUUGGCAUCUACACGGCGGAAACGUUCACCAUCGCCGUGGUGGUGUCGUGCUUUGCUUCCCUGAUUGUGGGCUUCCUUAGCGGAUUGAUGUUCUCCCGUCGCUGCAAAAUGGGUGACUCUUUCGCGUCCUCUUCGGGUGGCUUUAGUGGAGCACCCUACCUGGAACAGAGGAGGUUAAGCCGGCUCAACGAAACCAACGGAUCGUGCAAUGAGCCCAGCAAAAUGAACAACUUUGUCGACAGUCUCAACAGUGCCGUUCUGAAAAUGGCCAAUGAGAAGAACAACGCCAACGCCAACAACACGACGAGCACGCUCGAUUUGAAACCGGCAGUCCAAAAAGUCAAAAAGACUUAUGUUUGAUUCAUUCUUCAAAAGCUUGGCCGAACGAUUUUUUUUUGCCCACUUGAAAACCAAUAGAUCAUCCAUAAGAUAAUGGAAACAAGUUUUCUAUUUGGAUUGUUAAAUCAAGAGGGGAAAAAAAUGGUCUUCAUAAUUUAAUCUGAAUGAGUAAUUUUUUUUAAAGAUAAGUUCGAAAACAUACACAUUGUUGCCAAAGUUUGUAUACACCCGGCAGCGGCGGAGAUAAUCAACAUGUUGUACAGUCUCGAUUGUUGAAAAUUAUUUUUUUUUCCCUUCCAAAAAUGAAUUUCACAUAGUGUGUAUAUACCAGAUUAUGCCUAUUCUCAUCAUCUCGUAAAUUCCAUGUUUCUGUUUGAUGUGUUUUGAUUUGCUCAUAUUGCCACUCUCAUUAAGUGCCUGCAUGUAAUUGUAUGUAGAAUCUGGCUAUCGUAUCGCGCAUUCUUGUCGUGCUCUAUUCAAUACUCUUCCGGUCAAGAGUGGCAGCGCUUCAUCCCACCCGUUCUCCACAACCACCGCAACAUCACAUUUUGCUGUAUUUAAACGACAAUUGCCCUGUCCCAUCAGAGUAACUUCACCUUCAUUGACAUCCAAUUAAAAUUCGUUUGUAUUAAUUCAUUAUAUACAGUGUUAUUGCACAUGUUGACGCCCAACCGUCAAACCGUGACAGAAAUAAAUAAAAUUUAAAUGUCUUUUA